AUGAAGCUGAACUCGUCUGCUGUGUCUCACUUCACUCUGUCUGCCUACAUGGACACUGGACCCUGGAGAUAUUUCUUCUUCCUGAUUGUUCUGUGUUUGUACGUGUUGAUCGUUCUUUCCAACGUGUUGCUGGUUGUGGUGAUCUGUGUGAACAGAAGUCUUCAUGAACCCAUGUACCUGUUUCUGUGCAGCCUGUUUGUUAAUGAACUGUAUGGUAGUACAGGCUUGUUCCCGUUCUUGCUGCUUCACAUCCUGUCGGACUCUCACACCGUCGCCGCUCCGCUCUGCUUCCUGCAGAUCUUCUGUUUGUUUUCUUAUGGAGGAGCAGAGUAUCUGAACUUGGCCGUCAUGUCGUACGACCGGUACCUCGCCAUCUGUCACCCGCUUCAAUACAACACUCACAUGACGGUGAACAAAACGGCCGCUCUCAUCGGUGUAACGUGGUUAUGGCCUUUGCUGCUUUGUCUCGUGAUGACGUCACUGAGUGAAUCUUUACAUCUGUGCGAAAACGUCAUUCACAAAGUUUACUGUGAUAAUUACUCCGUCGUCAAACUGUCGUGUUCCAACACGUCAGUCAACAACGUGUACGGACUCUUUAUCACGUCCGUGUCCAUCUUGUCUCCUCUGACUCUGAUUCUUUUCUCCUACGUGAAGAUUCUCAGAGUCUGUUUCUCAGGUUCCAGUCAGACGAGACAAAAAGCCGUCGCCACCUGUUCACCUCACCUGGUGUCGCUGCUCAACUUCUCCUUCGGAGCUUUCUUUGAGAUACUGCAGAGCAGGUUCGACAUGAAUUAUUUACCCAAUGUCAUGAGAAUAUUUUUAUCGCUGUACUGGCUCACGUGUCAGCCUCUUUUAAACCCGUUGGUCUACGGACUCAAUCUGUCCAAAAUGAGAAUCAUAUGUAAAAGUCUUGUCUGA